AUGUCUGGACGCGGCAAAGGAGGAAAAGGACUCGGAAAGGGAGGCGCUAAGCGUCAUCGCAAGGUGUUGCGUGAUAACAUCCAGGGAAUCACCAAGCCCGCUAUCCGCCGUCUGGCCCGCCGUGGUGGUGUCAAGCGUAUCUCCGGUCUGAUCUACGAGGAGACCCGUGGUGUCCUUAAGGUCUUCCUUGAGAACGUCAUCCGUGAUGCCGUCACAUACUGCGAGCACGCCAAGAGAAAGACCGUCACAGCAAUGGACGUCGUCUACGCUUUGAAACGUCAAGGCCGUACCCUGUACGGAUUCGGCGUACCCCUGGCUGGACAAACUGAAACAACAACAAUGGCUCGUACCAAGCAGACCGCACGUAAAUCUACCGGUGGAAAGGCUCCACGUAAGCAGUUGGCCACCAAGGCAGCCCGCAAGAGCGCCCCAGCCACCGGCGGAGUCAAGAAGCCCCAUCGUUACAGGCCCGGAACCGUCGCUCUCCGUGAGAUCCGCCGUUACCAGAAGAGCACAGAGCUUCUCAUCCGCAAGCUCCCCUUCCAGCGUCUGGUCCGUGAGAUCGCUCAGGACUUCAAGACCGAGCUCCGCUUCCAAAGCUCUGCCGUCAUGGCUCUUCAAGAGGCCAGCGAGGCUUACUUGGUCGGACUCUUCGAGGACACCAACUUGUGCGCCAUCCACGCCAAGCGUGUGACCAUCAUGCCAAAGGACAUCCAGUUGGCUCGCCGCAUCCGUGGUGAACGUGCCUAAGAAGGGACUUCCCAAAUCCCCAAAACCACCGGCUCUUUUCAGAGCCACACAAAGUCAAAAAAGAGAAUGAUACCAAUGUCUGA